UGCUGACCUGGACAAGCUGGACUCGUCACAUCGCGCAGUGUUUUGGACUUCCCUGCAAACAUCAAGGGCCUCCCCCCCCUCUACCUCUCUUUUGACUUUUGAGUUUGCGGGUGGCCAGCCAGGCAAGGCAAGGCAAGCUAAUUCCUGUACGGGGUACUGUGUAGGGCUGCUGACGGCGGAUGAACCAGGGACGCAGAACUGCAGAACUGCAGAGCUGCGUUGGUUGCAUGGGAGAGGCUUGUCUGUUGGUGGGCUCUGACAUGCGUGCGUGUGUGUGUGUGUGUGUGUGCGUGCGUGCCAUGUCUGGAUACCCUGAGCCAAUCUGGCAUGUCUGAUUGCUUUUCUGCUUCGGAAUCUCGACACGACGGCCCUGGAGCCAAGAGAAAACCCGUCGGAUUUCCACUUUGAACCUGAACCCAAGUGGGGAAUGACGAUACUUACCCGCACCUCACAGUGAGGCGGCACCAGCGGACCUAUUUCAGGAGAGGGUCGAGAGGGACCCCCAUCCCAACGCCGUGGUGCCCUACCGCCGGCGCCACAACGUUGUGUUUUGCCGUCGACAAUUAAGUGAUACAAAUUUUUUGCGCGCCCCCCGUCCCCUCCGUUUCGUCCUGUAUCUACCUGCGGCUCCGCUUGUGUCGCCCGUCCCGGUCCAGUGGCGGAAAUAAGCAUACGCGACAGACCAAAAAGGUACAACCCGCACGCUCUCCUGCUCAACUUCCUCCAGGCGCAGAGGCGCGAAAACGGGGCCCCGGUGAUUCUGGUUCGGUCGAGCUCCACCGCAGUAGUGCUUCUCACCUCAUUCCCGAUCUGGCCAAUUCCCUCCUGGUGAUCCUCAUCCGGAUCCUACGAUGAGGCUCUGCCGUCCUACUGUUCCUCUCAGCAGCCGGCAGUGUCGAUACAAACCUAACUCUUUGCAGCGAUAAUGUCAUCAGCAUCCGGGCCUGCGUCCAGCUCCACCAAAAACGGCGCCAACGGGAGCGGCAGCGGCAGCGGCAGCGGCAGUGGCAACGGAGCAUCCGGCCACAAGGCCGGCGCCACGACCUCCAACCCCAGCUCCGCCAGGGCAACCAAGAAGAGUGCCUUCUCCUGCGAGCCGUGCCGCCGCCGCAAGGUCAAGUGUGGAGGUGAACAGCCUGUCUGUAGCAGGUGCCUGGCAAGAAAUGAUGCUUGCGUCUACAAGUUAAACCCAACGCUGUCCUAUACCCAGCGCCUGGAGGAGCGCAUCAAGGACCUGGAAGAGCAGGUCUCAAAGGCUCAAGCCCAGGCCAACGCACCUCCUCAGCCCCAGCGUGGACUGUCGGAAGGACCUCUCUCGUCAUCGCACGAUGGCUCCCUCGUUGGUCACGAACCUGAGGGCCUAGCUGGGACUUUCAAGGGCCUGAAGCUGGAUGAGAAGGGCGUCAUCACCUAUCACGGUGCCACCAGCUUCUUUCACCUGCCCAGCGAAUAUGGCCGCCAGAGCAGUGACGCUCCCAGCCCGUCCAACCCAGAGGACCCCCUUUAUGGCAAGAGGGAACGACUGGUCAACAACGCCUGGCAGCAGCGCGCACUGGAGGACCUUUCGGAGAUCCCAGAACCAUUCCAAUAUUUGCUCAGCACGCACUGGUGCUGGAUCCAGCCCCUGUGGAACUUUGUCUAUCGUCCCACCUUCACCCGGGACAUGCAGCUCUUGGGGCCAUACUACUCGCACACCCUACUGAACGCGAUACUCUCGCAUUCUAUCCGAUGGGGACGCUGGGACAAGGAUACACGCGAUCGUCUCGAGAGCGACUAUGACGGCGGUGCCGUCUUCAGCCGUCACGCGCGGGCCAUGGUGCUCGAGGAAAUCUCUCGUGGCGUGGCCACAAUCCCAACGGUCCAGACGCUCUUGCUGCUGAGCGCUCAGGAGUGUAGUGCUGGCAACACCUCACAGGCGUGGAUGUACAGUGGCAUGGCAUUUCGGAUGAUCGAUCAUCUGGGCAUCUGCGUCGACAGCCAGAGGUAUACGGGGAAUAUUCCCUUCAGCGAUGAAGACGUCGAAAUCCGCCGGAGGUUGUUCUGGAGCUGUUACUUCUGGGACAAGAUUGUCAGUCUGUACCUCGGCAGAUCACCGAGCCUGCAGCACUCGGAUGUCUCGCCGCCUCAAAUGAUCCUCGACGACUCCAACGAAAAUGAGAUGUGGACACCGUUCGGUAUCACCUACCCAGACGGGGUGAAGUACCCACCAAUCGCAGCGCACUCGACGUCUUGCUUCGUGCAGAUGUGUCGGUUGACGGUUAUCUUCAAUGAGAUCCUGAUCCACAUGUAUGACCCACUGGGGCUAAACACCGAGACCGAGAUCCAGGAGUGCCUGGUCAGGCAGGAGGCGGCGCUGAAGCAGUGGUGGGAGGACCUGCCGCACUUCUUGAAGAUGGACGCGACCAUGCUGCCCCCUCUGGCGCCACCCAGCCACAUUGUCACCCUCAAUGCCCUCUACCAUACAUUCAACAUCCUGCUCCACCGGCCGAUGCUCUCGCGUGAGUGCACUCCUAACAACAACCGCGCGAAACACCUGCUCGAGUGCGUGUCGUCGGCGACUUCCAUCAUCGCGAUAUUCGACCUGUUCUGCAAGUCCUUCGGCAUCUACCGGUCCGUGCUCUCGCUGAGCUACUGCGUGUACAUCGCGGCCUCGAUCUUCCUCCUACAGGUCCAAGCAGCCGCCAACGCCCAAAACGCCGGGCAGCCGGGCAUGUUGACGGACGAGCAGCAGCAGCAGCAGCAGCAGCCCGCCCUUCGGAGGCUGGACUUCUGCAUCCGUGCCCUCUCGAAGCUCAAGGAUGUCAACCCGAUCGUGGGCAGCGGCAUCGGCCUCAUAUUGCGCGAGUUGGCCGCCCUAGGAAUCCAGACCCCCGGCACCACCACACCGCCCGCCUUCCAAGGCCAAGCGCAGCAGAGCCAGGCGCGGCCUGGGUUCCCCCACCACCAGCAGGCAUCGUCCAUGUCGUCCGAGUUCCGGGGCCGUCAAGACUCCUUCAGCGGGUAUGGCCACCGCAUGAGCCACCACGAGAUCAUGAUGGGCAACACCGACAGCCACAUGACCGGUUUCGGCUCGCCCAGCCGCACGCCACCGGGCAUACAGCAGGCGCUGUUCCAGUUCCCCCAACCAACCCAGCCCGACAAGAUCAACCAGCACCUCCAGCACCACGGGAUCUCCGACCAGGUGUUCCAGGCAGUAUCUUCCCUGCAGCCGAUCACGGCGUCAUUUGGCAACCCGAUGAGCACCCAGGAAAACCCGCGUGACUACUACGAACAGCGGUAAGGCUUACCUUUAAGUCUCGUAUGAAUGUGAAUCCUGUCUCCCGUUCAGGUUGGGACUGCGGCGGUCGGCGGAUGAAGCUGUCGGGGGUGGGGAGCGUCGGGGGACCAAACCACCAACGGAGUUCUAUGACAUUGUCGAAAAGAGGCCAUAAAAAUCAAGAGUUAUCAGGAUGCAUGGUUAAGGAGUUCUGGUUCAAUGUUGUUGGAGACAGAUGCGCGUGGCCAGCAUCUCGACACUCGACAGCCCGAGGAUGCGAGUCGAGGUGGGAAAUCCAGGAGAUACACGCGAGAGAGAGUACAUAGCAUUGUAAUGGGAGUUUGUCCGGUUCAAGUCGGAGAUCCCCUCCGACUGACUCCCUGUGCAUGUGAUACAGCGAUUGACAAAGGCCAGCGGAGCAGCGGAUGCCAGUCACAUGAUGCGUGCGAGUCGUGAGCGGCCUCGUCGAGAGGACCAUCUCGAAAGUAUCAGCGCGGUGAGGGCCUCCAGCGCAGGGAGAUGCAAGAGUGAAUCGGCCAAAGGCAGGGGUGGCGUCAGUCGAUCGCUGCCCACCCACCUGAGCGAAUUACCCCAGAGUCGGGAGAUAUGGGGCGCGGCGAGAGCAUGGGGUUGGAGGGUUAAAUAACGGGGCCGCCAGGACAUCAAGUGAGCAAGUCCUCCCCAGGGCCCAGGCGUACGUGUGGGAGGAGCAAGGGGUCAGUCUCCGUCUUGCCCGCAGCCCGCAGCCCGCAGGGGAUCCCACCCUCGCGCGGUGACGGGCUCGAGGCUCCUGCGCUGCCCGAGAUCCAGUCGAGUCUAUGCCGUGACAUGUGUGCUGUUUUGUAAACUGGUGUACACAGUAGUGCAGGCCCGGUAGGGUGAGCCGAUCCCAAAUGCUGGCCUCCCGAAAGCGAGGGCGGGGGAGACUCCACCCUGGAAUGAUCAUCUGGUCGCUUCUGAGAUACCUUGUUGGUGUACCACAGUACCGGAAUCAGCAUGUGAGUCCUGCAGAUGCAC